ACAAGCACAAAGUGGGCAAGCACAAGAUUGGCAAGCACAAGAUUGGCAAGCACAAGGUGGGCAAGUGCAUAGUAGACAAGCACAAAGUGGGCAAACACAAGGUGGGCAAGUAAAUAGCAGGCAAGAACAAGGUAGGCAAGUGAAUGCCAGGCAAGCACAAG